UUUUGACAAGCGGAUACUGAACAACAUAACCUAAGCAAUAAUAGUAAAUUAUUAUUUGAGAUUUUUGUUAUUAUAUUAGUUAGAAUUAAUUCAACGAAUAUGCCAGAAUUUUUAGCAGAGAAUAAUCUCUGCGGGCAAACUAUUCUCAAUCUGGUGUCUGGUGGUAAUGCAAUUAUAGCGGAGUUACUCCGCUUAAAAGAUAACAUUCCAAAACUCUAUAUAACAGAGUCCAAAGUAGAGAUACAGAAAUAUCAAGAUAUUAUUAUGGAUUUUUCCUAUUUCAAUAUAAGUGAAACACAAGAAUCUAAGAUUCGUAAUAAUGAGACUUUACGAGAUUUGGAUGAGGAAUUUAGAGAUAAUCACAUUGACAUUAUAACACGUUUUUAUGAGCUUUUUGAAAGUAUUCAUUCUUACAUCAAUGAUUUGAAUCAGUUUUUGGAGGAUAUAGAAGAGGGAAUUCACAUUCAUCAAUCAUUAGAAACAAUAUUUGCUGAUAUUGAAGGAAAACAGUUAUUGUGUGAAUCCUUAUUCCUUUAUGGAUUAAUGUUGUUAUUUGUUGAUGCACAUAUUAAAGGAAUUGUUAGGGAAAAAUUAUUGGCAUCGUAUUAUCGAUAUACACCACAAAGUAGUAAUGCUCGUAGUAAUAUUGACGACGUAUGUAAGCUUUUUAGAGAUACAGGAUUUCAUAGCAAAAGAGUGAAUAACUACCCAGAAGACUAUUUCAGGAGAAUCAAAAUAAACUCGACGUUUGUAGAUAUGGUUAUCGGGCGUUUGAGAACUGAUGAUGUAUAUGGACAAUUACCAUUAUACCCACUUCCCAAAUAUCGUAGUACUGCUUUAAGUAAUCAAGCCGCAAUGCUUUUUGUUUGCUUGUAUUUUGCUCCAGAUAUAAUUCAUUCUCAAACAGCAGUGAUGAGGGAAAUAGUUGAUAAGUAUUUUCCGGAUAACUGGGUUAUAUCUAUUUAUAUGGGUUAUACUGUUGAUUUGGUAGAAGCAUGGGAUGCUUUCAAAGCCGCUAGAUUGGCCUUGAAUAAUACAUUGGAAACGGUUAACAUAAGAAAUGUCUGCAAAGAUUAUGCUACUAAUACUCCAGUUGCAUUGAAAAAAUGCAUGAGAAUGUUAACCGAAGGUACUAUAACCAAAGAAAUGGUACUCAAGGAUAUGAAUAAUAUUGUUUCUUUAUUACGUGAAUGUAAUGUGAUACUUAGAUGGCUCAUGCUACAUACUCACAUCAAACCAGGGAAAGUAGAAAAAAAUAAACGUUCCAGACAAAUUAGGGAAAUGAUUAUCUUGGAAACUAAGUAUGAUCAGGUACAAACGUUUAGAUUGUUAUUGAAUACAGCUCAACUAGAAUUAACUGUGAAAGAAUUAUUCAAGAAUAUCUUGAGUGAAAAAGAGAAGCAGUGGAAUGAAUUGAAGAUUGAAAGUUAUAAAAACACUAUAGAAUUAUCUGAAGCAUUCAGUGGAAAUAAGCCAUUAUCUCGAAUAACUAAGAAUAAAAAUUUGGAGAAAUGGUUCUUGGAAAUAUCAAAACAAAUAGAUUCUUUGUUGAUUGAAGAUGCAAAUUCUUCUAGAAAAAUAGUUCAGUUAAUUCAAGCCCUAGAAGAAGUUCAAACAUUUCAUCAGCUGGAAUCAAACAUGCAAAUAAUUCAAAUUUUAGGGGAAAUAAAACAAUACCUCAAUCAGAUGAUUCAAACAAUGAGCAUUAAAGAAGAUAAUUUGAUUACAAUACAAGUUUUAGGAGACUUAAGUUUUGCCUGGGAUCUAAUUGACUCUUACACUCCUAUAAUGCAACUUGGAAUCAAAAAAGAUCCUACACUGGUUAAUAAAUUGAGGGCCAUUUUCCUGAAACUCGCCUCUGCUAUGGAAAUACCUUUACUGAGGAUAAAUCAAGCUCAUAGUAAGGAUUUGAUAUCUGUUUCUGAGUAUUACAGUGGAGAACUUGAGAUAUAUGUGAGGAAAGUUUUACAAAUAAUUCCUAUGAUGAUGUUUGAGAAGAUGUCCAGAAUAAUUGAAAUGCAGACAAAAGUUUUAAAAGAAUUACCAACAAGAUUGGACAAAGAUAAAUUGAAGGAUUAUGCACAAUUAGAUGAGAGAUUUGAGUUUGCUGAACUCACACAUUCAAUAUCCGUUUUCAGCCAAGGUAUGCGUAUGAUGAAAAAAACCUUGGUUGGGGUAGUUUUUCUUGAUCCAAAAAAGAUAUUAGAGGAUGGAAUAAGAAACGAAUUGGUGCAACACAUUUCCAAAGCUCUACAUGAAGAAUUGAUUUUCAGUCCUAAAUCUAAAACUGAAUUGGAACAGAAACUGAAAAUUUUGGGUAAUAUCAUGGAAGGACAUAAAAGAUCUUUUGAGUAUAUUCAGGAUUAUAUCAACUUGAAUGGUUUGAAAAUAUGGCAGGAAGAAAUAACAAGGAUUAUAAACUAUAACGUAGAACAAGAAUGUAACAGAUUUCUGAGGGCAAAAGUACAUGCCUGGGAAAGUCAGUAUCAGAGCAGAAUAAUUCCUAUACCUUUCUACCAGCAAACUGAUCUGAUAAGUGAAAAUUUCAUUGGUAGAUUAGCUUGGGAAAUAAUUAAAGUUACUGAUCCGAGGAGUACUCUAUACCUUGAUCAAAGUACUACUUGGUAUGAAACAAAAAGUCAUAAACCAGUGUUGAACAGGCAGCUUUUUGGUUUACUUACAAAGGCAAUUGAAAUUUCUGGAGUGGUAGGAUUAGAUAGAUUGUUUUCAUUUAUGAUAAUCACUAAUUUGCAGAAGAUAAAAGGCUUCCUUCAAAACAAGAAUGAGAAGCAACCGACUUGGUAUUCUAUAAUUUCCACUGUACAAAAAGAUAUCAAAUCUGCUGGCGAAGCCCAAUGUACAUCCAAGUUCUAUCAGAACUGUGUCAAUCGGACAACAAAACUUUGGCCAGAAUUUCUUGAUAGUAUUUUAAUAAUAGGUCAGUUACAGUUAGCAAGACAAUUGAUAGCAUUCCAUCUAAAUCUAUUAGCCAAAUUCAAUGCUAGGAAUUUAGAAGCUGCACUUCAAUCCCUUAGCAAGGCGCUUUUAUGGGAUAUUAACUAUAAUAAGGAUUGGACUCCGAAUGAAAAACUACUGCUUAAUUUAUCCCAUUACUUCGAUUAUGCUGGAAUCAAUAAUCCUUUCAAUAAAAUAUAUAUCACAUCUUCUUCUCAUCUGGAUUAUACGAUUACACUAUUUAUCUUUUUCAUAUCCUACAAUAUGAAAUUAUUUCAUCCUGGAAUAAUAGGGAACUUGGGUAAACGAACUGCGGACCAGUUGGAUGGGUAUUGCUUUUGUCUUGGUGUUCAUACAGUUUUGAAACAGUUCCAUAAUUCUUUGAAUGACCAUUUCAUUAAAUUAGUCUCGAAAUAUAGUAUGGAUUUGUUAUCAAAUCAUAAAAGAUCCAAAAAUCCUGAGUUAUGUGUGGAAGCAAUAAGUGCUAUGAAUUUCUUGCAAACUUAUUCGAAAUUCAGUGAAGCAUCUGCUAAAUCUUUUAAAACUCAUUUUCCUGAAGAAAUACUACAUUUGGAGCUCACUCCUGUUCUGCUGAAUAUUUAGUCUAGGUAAAAACUGUAUACCUUAUAUUUUUGAAAAUUGAACUAUAAUUAUACUAUUAUAUUUAUAUUUUUGUUAUAAUAUAUACAUAUAUACGUGCUAUUAA